GCGUGAGCGUCACAUGUCCUCGCGCAGCUCCUGUCCUGCGGCAGUUUGACACCUCUCCCCCCUUCCUCCGGUCCCGGAGCCGCUCAGACCCGCAGCCGUCCCUCCGCAGACCCGCCGCUCUCCCCCCGGCCAUGGCGAGCGCUGACAGCCCGGCGAGCUUGCAGUCCUGGCUCAAUCAGGCCACAGAUCCAAUCAAUGAGGAGGACAGAUGGGACUGCAUUCAAGGCUUCUACGAGCUCGUCAACCAGGAGAGCGACGGUCCGCAGGUAGCCCUUCGUCUCCUCGCCCAUAAAAUCCAGUCCCCACAGGAGAAAGAGUCUCUGCAGGCUCUCACUGUUCUAGAGGCAUGCAUGAACAACUGUGGGAAGAGGUUCCACGCCGAGGCCGCCAAAUUUCGCUUUCUCAACGAGCUCAUCAAGAUCCUCACGCCCAAGUACUUUGGUGCCUGGAGUCCACAGAAGGUGAAAGACAGGGUGACGGAGGUCCUCUACGGCUGGACCCUCUGGCUGAAAGAUGAGCCCAAGAUCCAGGAGGCCUACAGCAUGCUGAAGAAACAAGGUAUUGUGGAAAAAGAUCCCAAACUUCCAGACAAAGUUGUAAUGGCUCCUCUACCACAGCGACACUCCGAGUCUGUGUUUGACCAGGAGGACAAAUCAAAGCUCUUGUCCCGGUUAUUGAAAAGCGCCCGUCCUGAAGACCUCGAAACGGCCAACAGGCUCAUUAAAAACACCGUCAGAGAGGAGCAGGAGAAAGCUGAGAAGGUGUCGAAGCGGGAGUCGACGCUGAAGGAGGUGGAGAGCAGCGCGAAGCAGCUCAGAGAGCUUCUGGAGCGGCACAGAGACAGUGGAACCUCGUUACAGCACAGAGACGACCUUAAGGCGGUGUACGAGCGCUGCGACCGCCUGAGGCCCAGCUUAUUCCGACUCGCCAGCGACACGGUGGACGACGACGGCGCUCUGGCGCAGAUCCUGGCGGCCAACGACGAGCUGACGCUAGCGGUGAACGCUUACAAAGAGCGCGUGGGGAGAGGAGAGCAGAACGGAGGAGGAGCGAGGAGCAGAGGCGAAGAGGCGUUGAGUCAGGACAUCGUUCCCAUGAGUCCCAGAGGAAUUAAGAGCUACCACCUUAUCGAUCUGUCUGCGCUGGACUCUCCUCAGACUCACAGGAGCGCUGAUUCACCGUCUGCCUUCCAGUCCUCCUCGCCAGACUGCAGCUCCCAGUCGGAAUCCCAGCCGGGCUUAAAUGAAUCAGACUCGCCCUCAAAACCGAAUCAAUGCCAUCCAAAGUCAUACUAUGAGGAACUGAUGCAGCUUGACGGAGACAUUCAUACAGAAAGUACUGAUCAGAACGGAGGGAGAGGACUGAUACUGAGAUCUCGAGGAUGUGGGGACGGCAGUAUGUCCAAUGGGUUUCUCCCUCAAAGUCAACAGUUUACAGAUUCAGGAUCAGCAUCCAAGAAACAAGCAAACGACGUUUCCUCGUUGAGACUGGAGCAGAUCCUGUGUCCUCCACACCUACUGAAAAAUGUCUUUGUGCCUGUGGAGGCCAUCGUAUUCAGUCAGCUGGAGCCGAUCACGUUGUACGACCGUGACGGGAUCCGGGUGUCGCUGCAUUUCGCCAGAGACUGCCCUCCCGGACAUCCCGGCGUGGCCGUGGUCGUCAUGUCUGCCGUGAACACGUCCGCCCUGCACGUGAAAGGCCUCACGUUCCAGGCCGCAGUCCCAAAGAGCAUGCUGGUGAAACUUCAGCCGGCCUCGGGGACCGACCUGCCUCCUUACAACCCUCUGCUGCCUCCGCCUGCCAUCUCGCAGGUGCUCCUGCUGGCCAAUCCUCACAGCUGUUCGGUUCGCCUGCGCUACAAACUCACGCUGACACACGGAGAGCAGCGGCUGGACGAGACCGGAGACGUCAGCCGCUUCCCCGACUGGAGCUCGCUGAUCGGCCUCCGAGCGGCCAAAUAGACUCAAAGAUCCGAAGCUGACAGCAGAGAGCCCCACGUGGACACGGGGGGGAAAGGUUUGAAGAAUCAAAGCACCUGGAGGAGAUCAUCGCAGAGGAAAACCAGCAUCAUUAUUAUUUUUUUUUUUUUUACUUUGAGCAAACGGAGCGGGACGAUGAAUGCAUUAUUGUUCAAUGAGCAGGAGAGUCGAACGUUUGAUAACUGUGAUACAUAAAGUGUUUUCUGAACGAGCAGGAGAUAAAUGAGUACAGUAGUUAUUUAUUCAAAGGAGGAUGGUACAUUUUUGAAGUUACCUCUUGUUUGAUUAUGAUUCUUGAGAACAGGCGUCAUUGCGGCUUCCUCCUGUCUCUGACAUGGAAAUCUUUAUUUAUUCACUUUUGUCAGACUCCCACAGUGCCUUACGGGGGAACGUGCUAUGUUUUCUUUCUUUUUUUUGUAUUUAUUUUACAAGUGAUGUUUUCUAAAAGUGAGACAGCCAUCCUGUUAGUAAUUGAUGCAACACAUUUUCUGCUAAAGAUUUUUAUUUCAGUCUGAAAAUGUGAGUCAUGUCUGAAAGUACUUAGUACUGAGAGACAUUAAAACUAUGCAAAGUUGUGAAAAUUGUGCAAUUAAAGGUUUGAAAAGACA